ACUGGGCAUGGGGGUCGGGAGCCAUCGCCUUGGCGUCGCAGGGAGUGCUUUCCCUUCUCCGGGCUGAGGUACCCCAAGGCUCUAGUGUCUGGACCUUGGACAUAGGCGGGAAUGCCGGUUGAUUACAAUGAACAGGAGGCUGGACAAGCAGCCUCGCAGAAACAAGGGGUUAGGAAAAGGCCAGAGGCUGGAGUAGGCGGGCCUGGAGGUUGGGGUGCAUACAUACAGGAUGGACGCAAGUUGGACGACGAGUGAAUUUUGAAUGGUGACAGUAGAAAAUGAUGUCUUGGGUUCUGCCCUUGAACCAGGAGCCAACAUGUUGGUGAUACCUCCGGGGCUGAGUGAAGAGGAAGAGGCACUGCAGAAGAAAUUCAACAAACUUAAGAAAAAGAAAAAGGCAUUGCUGGCUCUGAAGAAGCAAAGCAGCAGUGGUACAGCAAGCCAGGGCGGUGUCAAACGCUCACUGUCAGAGCAGCCUGUGGUGGAUACUGCCACAGCAACAGAGCAGGCCAAACAGCUGGUGAAGUCAGGAACCAUCAGUGCCAUCAAGGCUGAGACUAAGAACUCAGGCUUCAAGCGUUCUCGGACCCUGGAGGGGAAGUUAAAGGACCCAGAGAAAGGCCCUGUCCCCACUUUCCAGCCGUUCCAGAGGAGCAUGUCUGCUGAUGAGGACCUACAGGAGCCAUCCAGACGUCCCCAGAGGAAAUCUCUGUAUGAAAGUUUUGUGUCUUCUAGCGAUCGUCUUCGGGAACUGGGACAAGAUGGAGAAGAAGCAGAGGUCCCCGGGGCUGGUGAUGGCCCUCCUCGAGGCUUUGACUGGAGCUAUGAAGAGCACGGUGGUGCCCACUCCUCAGCCUCCCCUCCCCGAAGCCGCAGCAGGGACCGAAGUCAUGACCGGAGCCGAGAUAGGGACCGGGACAAAGAGCGAGACAGAGACCAGGAUCGAGACAGAGAACGGGACAAAGACAAAGACAGAGACCGGGAGCGAGACAGAGACAAAGACCGGGACCGAGACCGGGAGCGGGACCGAGACCGGGAGGGCCCUUUCCGCAGGUCAGACUCAUUCCCCGAACGGAGAGCCCCUCGGAAGGGGAACACGCUGUAUGUGUAUGGGGAGGACAUGACGCCCGCCCUCCUCCGAGGGGCCUUCUCUCCCUUUGGAAACAUCAUUGACCUCUCCAUGGACCCACCCAGAAACUGUGCCUUUGUCACCUACGAGAAGAUGGAGUCUGCAGAUCAGGCCGUUGCUGAGCUCAAUGGGACCCAGGUGGAAUCUGUGCAGCUCAAAGUCAACAUAGCCCGAAAACAGCCCAUGCUGGACGCUGCUACUGGCAAAUCUGUCUGGGGCUCCCUUGCUGUCCAGAACAGCCCUAAGGGUUGCCACCGGGACAAGAGGACCCAGAUUGUGUACAGUGACGAUCUAUAGGAAACCUUGUGGACGGCUUCUAGGACAUGAAGCUGGAUUCCUUGUGCCUCACAUGCCCCCAAGCUGGUCUCAGUAAAAUCCUGGGGUAGAAGCUUUCACCUCCGUCAGCCUCUAGUCUGUCAGCACUUGGGAUUGGAGUUAAGCCUUUCAAAAGCUGCUGUCAGUGUUGGUGUUGACCAGUGCACGCCCCUGCUCCCUUACCCCAAAAAGAUGUGGAACAGAC